UCGGUUUGCGCCCGUCGAACUAAACAGGCAAGAUGGCGUCCUCCUUGUACACAUGCACGGUGCUAGAGCUUGUCGCUUUCCUGGUGCUAUGCAAGUACGAUGGGACAUCAGCGCUGCUCUGCAGUGUGUGCAACACUGUGUACGACGGGUCAGCGUGCAAGGACAAGCCUGAGCAGUUCGUCCGCAACUGCAGUGCCCAUCCUUACAUUGAAGCUGAGCCAAAGUACUGCCGAAAGGCAUCAGUCGUAUUCUGGAAGCCUGAGAUUGAAGAACGUGUGUACCGGUCCUGUGGCUACCUGCACAGCCCGAAGCCGUGUGUUCGUUUUCUCCCGCAAGGUGGGCAAACUUUACAAUGCGAAUGCGACAGCGGGGACGCAUGCAACGGUGCUUCGGGGCUAUCAUCAACAGUUCUGGCGUUGAUUACAACGAUUGGUGCCGUGGGAUGCAUCCACCAUUGGCUACAUCAAUAAAAAAAAA